GAUCAUUUCCGGGUUAAAGGCUGUAAUCUUGUGUCGUUCCGCGUUGUUAGCAUAUUAGCAUUAAGCUACCUGCUCUCUGGAAAGUAGUUGACUAUUGUAAUUUAUUCAGACACUGACCGUCGCUUUCAACACGGGCGUCCCCUCUGCAAAAGGAGAAAAUCCGUCAAGACUUUUGGGCAGAAAGUGGUGUCGGGUCUGGUCCGGGGUUGUUGGACGGUUAAUGCACAGAGUAAAGAGGCUGAAAAUUGAAGACAAAACAGAAGACGGCCAGGAAAGUGUCAAAGACCAACUGGCAGGUAUGAUGGGGGUGGACGAGCUCUCGGACAGCACAGAGGUGGUGGAGAUGGAGGACGUGAAUCCCACCCAUUUCCAGGUGGAGAAGCAUACAUGGGAUGGUCUGCGGAAGAUCAUCCACAACAGCCGCAAGAACACAGGCGUGGUCAUCAACAAGGCACCACAUGACUUCCAGUUCAUCCCGAAGGACGAGAGCAGUCCGCACUCUCACCGCAUCUACUACCUUGGAAUGCCUUACGCCAGCAGGGAAAACGCAUUACUCUACUCAGAUAUCCCCAAGAAGGUCCGCAAAGAUGCUCUAUUGGUUUUGUCAUGGAAACAGCUGCUGGAUCACUUUCAGGCCAGCCCUCACCACGGGGGCUUCUCGCGGGAGGAGGAGCUGCUGCGAGAGAGGAAACGUUUGGGGGUGUCUGGCAUCACCUCCUAUGAUUACCACCGACCCAGCGGCCUCUUCCUGUUCCAGGCCAACAGCAGUCUGUACUACUGUCGUGAUGGUGGAAACAACAGCUUCAUUACUUCUCCUAUGCAGCCUGUCGAGAUUAAGAGCCAGAGUUCAGGCACACGCAUGGACCCCAAGAUCUGUCCCGGGGACCCCAACUUUAUCGGCUUCAUCAACAACAACGACGUUUGGGUGACCAGCAUUGAGACGGGUGAAGAGAGGAGGCUCACCUUCUGCCAUAAAGGUAUUAAUAACCCAAAAGAGGACCCCAAAUCUGCCGGUAUAGCCACUUUUGUCACACAGGAAGAGUUUGACCGCUUCACCGGAUACUGGUGGUCACCAGCUGCUCGCGAAGAAUCAGAUGGUGGAAAAACUCUGCAGAUUCUGUACGAGGAGGUGGACGAGUCUGAGGUUGAGAUCAUUCAUGUUCCAUCUCCGGCUUUAGAGGAGCGUAAGACGGAUGUCUACAGAUACCCACGCGCAGGCAGCAAGAAUCCCAAUAUUACUCUCAAAAUAGCAGAAAUCAGGACAGACAAUCUCGGCAAAAUUGUCAGCACACAGGAAAAGGAGUUCCCUGUCCCCUUCACCAGCCUGUUCCCUGGUGCCGAAUAUAUCACCAGAGCCGGAUGGACGAAAGACGGCCGAUAUGCAUGGGCGGUCAUGAUGGACCGACGGCAGCAGCGCCUCCAGUUGGUCCUGCUGCCUCCAGCGCUCUUCAUCCCUGCACAUCAGGACGAGGCCAGCAGGCAAGAGAGCCUGCAGGCCCUCGGAGACACCGUCCAGCCCUUCAUCAUCUACCAGGAGACCAGCGACAUCUGGAUCAAUGUCCAUGACAUCUUUCAUCCGUUCAUCCAAACUAGUGAUGAUGAGAUCUCCUUCAUAACAGUAAACGAAUCAAAAACCGGUUUCUGCCACCUGUAUAAGAUCACCUCGGUGUUAAAGCGGGGCAGCUACAGCUGGGCCAACGGCUACACACACUCUGAAGAUGAUUUUAAGUGUCCGGUCAAAGAGGAGGUGACAGUAACCAGUGGGGAGUGGGAGGUGCUGGCCAAUCACGGAGCGAAGCGUUCGUCCAGCCCUCAGAUUUGGGUGGAUGAGGCAGCAAAGCUGGUUUACUUCCAGGGAACCAAAGACUCUCCUCUUGAGCAUCACCUUUAUGUUGUGAACUACGACUCGCCGGGUGAAAUCGUCCGACUCACCAAACCCGGCUUCUCCCACAGCUGCUCUGUCAGCCAGACCUUUGACAUGUUUGUCAGCCAUUACAGCAGCUUGACUACAGCACCCUGUGUUCACAUCUACAAGCUGAACGGCUCAGACAGCGACCCGCUGCACAAAGAGCCUCAGUUCUGGGCGAGCAUGAUGGAGUCCUCUGGAUUCCCCUUCGACUACACUCCUCCAGAGAUCUUUAGCUUCACAGGGAAGUCGGGCUUCGAGCUGUAUGGCAUGUUGUACAAACCACACAACGUGGUCCCCGGCAGGAAGCAUCCCACCGUCGUCUUUGUCUACGGCGGUCCGCAGGUCCAGUUAGUGAAUAACUCUUAUAAAGGAGUGAAGUACCUGCGGCUGAGCACGCUGGCGUCUCUGGGCUACGCUGUGCUGGUCAUCGAUGGGCGGGGCUCCUGUCAGCGGGGACUCAAGUUUGAAGGAGCUGUGAAGGACAAAAUGGGUCAGGUAGAGAUCGAAGACCAGGUGGAGGGCUUGCACUACGUAGCUGACAAGUACAAGUUUGUGGACCUGAGUCGUGUCGCCAUCCAUGGCUGGUCGUAUGGAGGCUUCCUCUCCCUUAUGGGCCUCAUCCACCAACCCGCCAUCUUCAAGGUUGCCAUUGCAGGAGCUCCAGUAACUUUGUGGAUGGCUUACGACACUGGCUACACAGAGCGAUAUUUGGACACGCCUGAGAAAAACCAGAAGGGAUACGAGGCUUGUUCUGUCGCCCUGCAUGUCGACAAACUCCCCAAUGAGCCCAACAGAUUGCUGAUCCUGCAUGGGUUUCUAGAUGAGAAUGUGCACUUUUUCCACACUAACUUCCUGGUGUCUCAACUCAUCCGGGCAGGGAAGCCAUACAACCUGCAGGUUUAUCCAAAUGAGCGACACAGCAUCCGAUGUCCAGAGUCUGGAGAACAUUACGAGAUUACGCUGCUGCACUUCCUCCAGCAGAACCUCUGAUAAGCCUUUCUACACACUGAGCCUUCCCUUCCUCGCUUCCUUCCCUCCUCUCCUUGUCUCCUCCUUACCAUUCCUCCAUUUAUUUAAACCUGCAUCACUUUCUCUUUCACUCGCUGUUAAAUUCAAGCUAUGCCAAACCUCUUAACACCUCAAGAGUUGUUUGUCAGUCUUAAAGGUGCACAAGCAUUUUAGCAUCAAUAAAUAAUUUCAAGAUUAAAUUCAAAUUGUAGUAUAAACCCUAUAAAUGAGACCAUCAGUGAACGAAGUCUUGUAGUCUUUACACUGUAUUUUACAGUGGAGGGAAAUCUGCUGGACUGCUUUAAGCCCCAAAACAAGCAGAGGGCGCCGUUCAUCCAAAACAAACAGGGCUGAAACUUCCUGAGAUUGUGAUGAUGGCAGACAAGUAAAAAAAUAAAAUAAAUCACAAUGUGACAUUGAUGUUUUAAAAUGCUGCUCGUUGCACCUUCAACAGAACAUGUCAGAAAUGCAAAAAGUACAGAAGUGGACCUGCUGCGCCUGGGAGAUUUCUCUCUUGUUUUUUGUGCCAUUCCUUUUUUUUUAUUUUAUUGAACUCUCACUUUGUCUUUCUGGGACCCAACUGAUAAAGUUAUAAUUUUCCUGUGUCUGUGUAUAAACACUGGAGUCAAGUUAGUAAAUGUAAAGCUCUAUAAGAGCAUACAAGCAAGCUCUUAACCCCCUUUGUUGUAUUCUCUGUAGUGUGUUUUUGCUUUGAGCCUGUGCUCUCAUGUGAUAUCAUACAUUACUUUUUAUGUGGUGUGUCGCACUUUGGCAGAUCUACAAGAAAAAAAGUUACAUGCCACAUUUUUAUUGUGUGUUAUUAAACAUUUUUAUGGAUUCUUAUGUAUUCAUAAAUGGAAAUAUGUAGCGACCUGUUACUGUUUCACUCAUUCGCUUGCUUUAACUUUCCAGGGAGCUUUUUUUUUCUUCUGCUGCUGAGGACUUUUGCACAUAUUACAUAAUUGCCUUGGUGCCAACAAAUUGACCUAUAAAAUGAUGUAUGACACAACUGUUGGCAGUCUGAGGUGCCUUGCAAGAGUUUAAGAGCGCCUCCUCAUAUAGUAUAUAUCAGGGAAUCUGUCUGAGGACCUACGACGAUGAAAUGCCUUGUUACAUGUGUGUCUGAUGACCAUCUGUAAGAUGCGCUAUCAUGACCUGUACAUGCUUAAAUGUACUCUCAGAUAUUGAAGAAAUAAACCGAAGUGAACAAUC